GCUCCUCUGUUACAAACAGGAACUUGCCUUCUAUUAACUGAGCUGAUCUCAAUUUUAAGAACUGACUGCAGUUCAGCUCUUCGACAUCCGGGAUCCUCUUGUGACAGUCAGCUGAUCGCGGCAGGCUCUGCAAACAGAUCCUGUCUGACUACAAGAGACCGUUCAUAGUUAUUUUAAAAAGAAGGUAGAAAUGGCUGCAGACCCACCGAAGUUAAAGACAGUGAUUGCUGCCAAUGAAAGGCUGCAAAACUUGAAGAAUACUUUUGAGACAAAGUAUGGAGAACCUCCUCUUUUCUAUGCAUGUGCCCCUGGAAGGGUCAAUCUAAUAGGAGAGCAUAUUGAUUACUGUGGCUAUUCUGUUCUUCCCAUGGCCAUUGAACCCAGUAUUCUCGCGGCUGUCUCUUUAAACAACUCAGGGAAAAUCACACUGGCCAACGCAAAUCCUCUGUACACGGAUUUCACUGUGUCGUGUUCAGAGGACAUUGCCAUUGACAGAGAUAAUCCAAAGUGGUAUUAUUACUUUCUCUGUGGAGUAAAAGGUAUAAAGGAGAAUUUUGGGAUUGCUAACUUAGCGGGGAUGUCGUGUGUCGUAGAAGGAACCAUUCCUCCGAGCUCCGGCCUCUCCAGUUCCAGUGCCUUAGUUUGUUGUGCUGGGCUCGUAACAAUGGAGGCAAAUCAAAAGUCCCUCUCCAAAGUGGCACUGGCUGAGAUAUGUGCCAAAAGUGAACGCUACAUUGGCACAGAGGGAGGCGGCAUGGACCAGUCCAUCUCAUUCCUGGCAGAGAGAGGAACUGCCAAGCUGAUAGAGUUUCAGCCUCUGCGAGCCACGGACGUAAAGCUCCCAGAUGGAGCCGUGUUUGUGAUCUCUAACUGCUGCGUGGAGAUGAACAAAGCUGCUUCUGCUCACUUCAACAUCCGAGUGGUGGAGUGUCGAAUCGCCACGAAGAUGCUGGCGCAGGCUCGAGGUCUGGACUCGGGCAGGAUGCUGAAGCUGGUGCAGGUUCAGACGGAGCUGAAGGCCUCCCUGCAGGAGAUGCUGGCUCUGGUGAACGAGGCGUUGCAUCCUGAGCCGUACAGCCGAGAGGAGAUCUGCAAGGCGCUGGGCAUCACCCCCGAGCAGUUCUCCACAGAGCUGCUGAGCGCCAACACUCAGCAGGAGACACACUUCAAGCUGCACCAGCGAGCCCAGCAUGUGUACGGUGAAGCUGCGCGGGUGCUGCAGUUUAAGAGUGUGUGUGACUCUGAACCUGCUGAAUCCGUCCAGCGACUGGGAGAUCUGAUGAACCAGAGCCAUGCGAGCUGCAGAGGCCUGUAUGAGUGCAGCUGCCCUGAACUGGAUCAACUGGUGGACAUCUGUCUGAAGUCGGGGUCAGUGGGCUCCCGGCUGACAGGAGCAGGUUGGGGCGGCUGUGCUGUCUCCAUGGUUCCCGAUGAGAAGGUGGAGUCUUUCCUAAAAGCAGUGAGCGAGGCUUACUACCGCCCCAAUCCACGCAGGGCAGGGAUGGAAAAACAGAGUUUGUUUGUGUCAAAGCCGGGCGGGGGGGCCGCCAUUUUCAUUGAGGAGUAAAAUACAUCCUCCAAUAUUUACAGCAAUCCUUCAAUCACAUAUUUUGUUUACCUUAUUCAGAUCGCUCUUAACUUUAAUGAAAUAAUCCAAUAUGUAAACUUUACUCUUGUUUAAAGUGACAACAAUGGUGAAUAAUUUGUUUCAAAGGGAAUCGGAUUUUUGUAAUUGAUUUUUUACAAUUGAAUGUAUCAUUGUUCAGCUUAGAGAAGAAGAGAUGACAAAUAAAAUAAUAAUGAAGUUA